AUGAUCAUUACUGGAGAUGAUGUUAAUGGUAUCUGUGAUCUUAAAGCAUCCUUUCACCACACUUUUGAGAUGAAAGAUCUUGGUUCUCUCAGUUAUUUUAUUGGCCUUAAAGUCAUAUCCUCAGAUGGCAGUAUCUAUCUCUCUCAAGCUAAGUAUGUUUCUGACUUUCUUGCUCAAGCCAGAAUUACAGAUAGUCACAUUGAGUCUACUCCUCUUGAGCCUAAUAUUUGGUUUACUUCUAUGGAUGAUACUGUUUUAGAUAAUCCUACUUUUUAUCAACAGUUAGUUGGAAAUCUCGUCUACUUGACUGCCACACGACUAGACAUCGCUUAUUCAGUUCAUGUUCUUAGCCAGUUCUUGUCAACUCCUCGUACUAUUCAUUAUGCGUCAGUUCUUCGCAUUAUUUGUUAA